AUGUAUAAAAAGGUAUACGUAAUCGACUGCAAGGGACACCUGUUGGGAAGACUGGCCUCGAUAAUAGCCAAGGAGCUUCUGAACGGCCAGAGGGUAGUUGCCGUGAGGUGCGAAGAUAUCAACAUAUCGGGUAGCUUGUACAGAAACAGGCUAAAGUACCAGGAAUUUCUAAGGCUUCGAACGAACACCAAUCCAAAGAAAGGUCCUCUACAUUUGAGGGAGCCAUCCAAAAUUUUGUGGAGAUGCGUCAGAGGAAUGCUACCGCAUAAAACGUACAAGGGUAAAAUUGCCCUUAAGAAACUUAAGGUAUUCGUAGGCAUGCCAUACCCAUAUGAUAAAAAGAAAAAAUACGUGUUGCCAAGUGCCUUGAGAGCAUUCAGAUUAAAGAAACAUAGAAGAUAUUGUCGUCUUGGAACAUUGAGUUCCCGAGUAGGUUGGAAUUAUGAUGAAUUGGUAAAAAAAAAUGAAGUCUCAAGAAAGAAUCUGUGUAAAUUAUAUUACAAAAAGAAGGUGAGUGCAUUGAAUGAGAAGAAGGAAUUGAAGGCAGAGGCGCUGAACAUGAUAAACCCUGAGGAACGCAAGGUGUUGGAGAAUUUUGGCUAUGCAUAA